UCUAUUUUUAAAGGUAAUGUUAUAACAUAAGUUCGGUCUUUGGUAUCAUAGCUUGUGGCAUAUUUAUAUUUAUAGGUAAUUAUAAACUUUUAGGGCAGGUGUCCAUUAUUUGCCAUUUUUUUAUCAGGGCUUGGUUGCAAAUAGUGAGGGUUCACUGUAUCAUAACUAAUUCUGAUUAAAAUAUAUCUUAAUCUGUCAUAUUAUUUAAAUGAAUUCCUCAUAUCUUUCUACUGAGGUUUUGUGUUUUAAGUAACCUUCAACAUUCUUAACUGUGAACCAAUUGUCGAAAAUCAAUGAAAUACGGUAGUCUUAACCGAGCUGUGGCUCAGACGAAUUUUUAUUUAUUUAUUUAUUUAUUUUUUGUCUUGAUUUGCGAGCAAAAAUUUGAGUUACGAGUGAUAACUGGCAGCAGCGAACUUCACAACAGGCCGCAGAUAGUGAGCAAUUCUUCAAAUCACAGGCAGUGUUUACGUCAAGCUGGCUAUUGGCAUUCAAAUUGAAGUUUAAACAUAACGAUAAUGACACGUCGUGUAUUUCACCAAUGCAACACACAAUGCAAAAUGCCAUAGACAGGCAAACGAAACUAGCAUUGAUGUUGCUGUCGUUAUAACCCUUCAAGCGGUGGAUAUUUGAACACCAACGGUGCAGCAACACAUAGACAGACAAUAUAACAAUGCUCACAGGCAUACUCUUUAUCCCCUACGAAAAACGCUUAUUACUGCAAUUGACUGAGUGACUUACUAUAUUUGUGUAACUCUUCUUUGUUUAAUAUGAUGGAUAGCUCAAGGCACCACUGUAUUUCUUCUAUCUCCAAUUAGACAUUUUAAUGGAUCCAUUGUCGAAUUGGUUGUGGUGUUCCGUCAUCAUCCUGAAUGUGUUUAGUGCCUCGCAGGGGAUGCGCUUGUGCGACCGGGCCUCAAUUAGCUGCACGUUAAUGUGCGCUCCACUUCAGCUGUAAUACAGUAAACGCACCACUGCGCUGAUGUUUGUCAAACCAUUUGACUUUCUUCGUAGAUGGAGACUAUCAUGCCGUUGAGCCACGAGGUGUCACUCUGCAAACACCGUCCUGUUCCCUCUCCAUUACUUUCGUCUUGCACGCAGCUUCAAAGGCGAUCUGGAGGAGGGAACUCGUCUGUCAUCCACACAAGCGUCCGCGAAGAAAACUUCAAUAAAAAGAAGCUGAAGAAGAAGAAGGAGGAGGCCAACAGCGCAAGCGAAGCCAAGCAGAAUGGCGGCGAGGCCAAGAUAAAAAAAAUCAAAAGCAAAAAGAACGAGGAGGCUUCCGAGGAGAGUCCAGCCUUGCAAAAUGACAAAAAGGUGAAAAAAAAGAAACUGGACAAGAAUAAAGAACCAGACAAAGAAAAAGAGAGAGAGACAAAAAAGAAAGCCAAAAGUGUCCCCAAAAAGAAGAAAGCAGGUUCAGUCACAGAAGACGACGACGAAGAGGACGAGGAAGACACUCCGAAAAAGAAAACCAAGAAAAAGACAACCAAAGACAGCUCGCCGUCCCCAAGUGUUGCCAGAGAAAAAAAAUCCAAAUCAAAAGACUACAAGGAUUCCGACGGAAAGGAGAAGAAGUCCAAGUCAAAAGAGAGAGACAAAAAGAAGGAAGCAGCGUCCCUGUUCCAGAUAAACGGCGACAAGGACUCGAAGAGCAAGAAGAAAGCGGCCGCCAAAUCGGAAAGUGACGACAGCGAAGAGGGGACCAAGUCGACAAAGUCCAAAAAGAAGUCCGCCGCCAGCUCCACGUCGUCUUUGUUCCAAACGUCAGGAGACAAAGACAAAGAAAAGAAGACUAAGAAGAAAGCAAAGGCAGAAGAGAGCAAUGAUUCCGAGUCCGAAAAAGAAGAAAAAUCCAAAAAGAAGAAGGGCAAAGGAAAGAAGAAGAAGGAGAGAGCGCCAUCACCAGAGAUUGAGUUUGACAACUUGGAACAGUUUGUGAUGGAGCCGGCGCCUCAAGGCGCGACCGUCAAAUGCAGAGUGACUCGGGACCAACGGGGGAUGGAUAAGAGCAUGUAUCCUCUUUACUACCUUCAUCUUGACAAUGAGAAGAAGACAUUUCUGUUGGCUGGCAGGAAGCGAAAGAAAAGCGCGACUUCCAAUUAUCUCAUCUCCAUUGACGCCACGGAUUUGUCGAGAGGUCGCGAUAACUUUGUAGGAAAGCUGAGGUCAAAUUUAAUGGGCACCAAGUUCACUGUCUUUGACAAUGCUCUGAAUCCAGAAAAGGCCCUCCCAGAUAUGUCCAAUGCGCGGCAGGAGUUAGCAGCCAUCAUCUACGAAACAAAUGUGUUGGGGAUGAAGGGGCCCAGAAGGAUGGCGGUCAUCAUUCCGGGCAUGGACAAGCACAACGAGCGAGUACCCCUCCGACCCAGAAAUGACUAUGACGGCCUGUUGAUACGACACCAGAAUAGAAGGAUGGAGAAUCUGAUUGAGCUUCACAAUAAGACGCCCGUGUGGAACGAGGAAACGGCAUCGCAUGUGCUCAACUUCAACGGCAGGGUCACCCAGGCUUCCAUCAAGAACUUCCAGAUCGUCCACAGCAAAGACUUGGACUACAUCGUGAUGCAGUUUGGCCGAAUAGCCGACGAUAUUUUCACGCUGGACUACAAGUACCCCAUGUGCGCAGUGCAGGCCUUCGCCAUCGCGCUCUCUAGCUUCGACGGGAAAAUCGCCUGUGAAUAAGUGGUAUUCGUUGCAUCUGAGGGCCGCAUGCGGUACACUCUCACACAAACACACGUCAGACCAACCCAGGCCUUUGGAUACCCCGUCAAACGUUCUCUCUUAAGCGAUCUGCGCUUUCAACAAAUGACAGCUGAGUGAAUGUGACAAUACCUGCUGCUGCUCUGCCGCCGUUCUCUAAGGCGUGUUGUUCCCUCCCCGCAGAAGUGCAAAAAAGAAAAAGAUGGGCUCACGCUGUCAUUUGAUCCGUCUUGGCACCUGGAGAGUCCCGUUUUGAUUCCAAUUGAAUUCAUUGGAAACAUUUUGUGUCAAUUUGCACGUCACUGACGAUUUUGAUCACAGGAAAGUUAAUCGCUAUCAUCAUCACAGCAUAGUUUUAUUUUUUUGGGGGGGGGGUUUAUUGUUACAAUGUUAUUCGGUCGUUUAUGACAUGAACAUUUUUAGCUGACUAAUUUAAAUACAGUAUGAACUAAAUGAAGUUGUGUUGCACAUGGAUACCCACACAAAAGUGCUGGUACCCUUAGAAAAAACAAAACACUUCUGUUAUGACUAUUAUUUGAUCAAAUGUGCAGAUCAUUGUUCUUCAAUAAAAAGCAUGUAAUGUAUCUCAACAUUUCCUUCUAGCUGGAAAAUGACGAAAGAGCAGAUAAUAAUUUUUUAAAACUCAAACUUUUGAGCUACCGUGGAUAAAAAAGGUCUACACACCCCUUACUAGAACAGCUGAACUUUAUUUGGGGUUAAGUAGUGGUGGCAGUUGUGUGCUGAAACCCAUUCAGCAUGAGUUUGAAUGUGUUUGGUGAAUUCUGAACACAACCACGUCCCCGUUCUAAGAGGGUGUGCACACUUGUGCAACCAUGUUAUUUAAGCUAAUUUUAGAACGCCUUGUAAAUAUUUAUAGGUCACAGUAAUGGUGGAAAACAGUUUUGAGAUGAUUUAUCUUGGUCUAAUUUUUUUGUAUCACAAUAAUCUGGCACUUGAACAGGGGUGAGUAGAAUUUGGACAUCGGCAAUUUUUUUGUUUCAUUCCUUUAGAUUUAUUUUUAACUCCAAUAUUACUAGUGCAAUUAUAUUUAUACUACAUGCAAACUCUUUACCAAAGUGUGUGUAUAUUUAGUUUUCCUGUGGGUAGUUUUUAUUUUCAUUCCUGUAAGUGUAGAUGUUGGUUUCCGACUGUACAUUUUUUCAACAAUGUAUUUUGUUCCAUUUAUAGGUCUUCUACGAUAGUGUUUCUCAACCUUUAUUGAAACAAGGCACAUAUUUUGCAUGAGAAAAAUCUCACUGCACACCACCCAAAAACAAUGUCACAAUCAGUAAAUAUAUUGAAAUAACGAUGAUCUUGUCUCAUUUCAGUCACAAAUGGAUUCAGUGUGAAAUGUGGUCCUGUUGGCUUAGUUUAGCUAUUAUUCUGUUUUACGACUGGCAACAGGUGGCUACACAUCUUAAUUGUAUCUUUUGCCAUCUGGUGUAAGAGCAUUUAGUUGCUCUGCCUGUCGCUAUACGUCUCGGGCACAGAUGAACAAAGACACAAUAUUUGUAGUAAAUAAAAAUAAUUUUCGGCCCAGUUAAGUGAAACUGGCUGUGGAAAGUGGUUGGGAAUCACUGUUGUAUGGCCACUUUAUUUAAUAAAGUAUGUCAAUUCAA